AUGGCGCAAACCAAAAGCAUUCGUCGGCGGUCUGGACCGACAACACCUAAACGAGGGCAAGGGUCUCGCACAGAUCCAUCUCCAAGAUCUAGAGUCGGGGGGAAGCGCCUCUCGCUCCCACAACCGGGCGACCCGAUCCCGCGGCGCAAACCGCAUCGCUUCAAACCUGGCACCAAGGCACUACGAGAGAUCAGACGGUACCAGCAAUCCACCGAUCUGUUAAUGCUGAAGCUGCCCUUUUCGCGACUCGUCCGCGAAAUCGCCCAGUAUAUUCUCCCCUUCCAAGUCGGCCAGGAACUCAGGUGGCAGAGCCAGGCGAUCCAGGCUUUACAAGAGGCCAGUGAGGCUUUUCUUGUCCAUUUGUUCGAGGACACAAACCUGUGCGCGAUACAUGCAAAGAGAGUUACCAUUAUGCAAAAAGAUCUCCAGCUAGCCAGAAGAUUAAGAGGCGCUUGGGGCGGCUUAGGCUGA